UUGCUUUUUUGCAGAUAAUUCUUUGUUCUUUACGAACUCAUCUCUGCAAAUUUUUGAAUAAUCGUAAUUUUUAUCUGAUUUUAAAUUUUUCCUAGUUUUCUCGAUGUCAGGUCGUGUACGAAGACACAGUCGAGGUCAUGGAAGCAGAUCGCCUUCACGUGAUUUUGACAAUGGGGAUUUUGGUCGAUCCGGUUUCCCACCAAACAUUGAAGGCAUGACUUCUUUGAAAGUCGAUAAUAUCACUCAAAGAACUGGCGUUGCCUUGCUGUCAAAGGUUUUUUCGAAAUAUGGCGAAUUAGGUGAUGUAUAUGUGCCAAGGUAUCCUGACACUUUCGCUAGCCGUGGCUUUGCGUUUGUUAGAUUUGUCAGAAAGCGAGACGCUGAAGAGGCCAUGCGGAAAAUGAAUGGGUAUGUUCUAGAUGGUCGACCGUUGAGUAUUCAAAUGGCCAGAUAUGCAAGGCCGUCACCGACCCGUCAAUUGUCUUCAUCUCGUCGAAGCGGGCCGCCCUACUCCAGAGGCGGUAGAUAUGGCGGAGGCUUUCGAAAUGGGGGUGGAGGCCGUUAUCAGGGCGGUGGAGGUGGUGGUUACCGAGGUGGCCGAGCACCUUUCCGUGGUAGGUCACCUUAUAGGAGACGCUCACGAUCUCGUUCACGUUCACGAUCACGAUCACGGGAUAGAAAGCGUGAUGGUCGUCGAAGUAGUAGGAGGAAUCGAUCUAAGAGCAACGAGAAAAGUCCUUCUAAACGAAGUCGUCGAUCAAGAAGUAAGGAUAGCAGCGGUAAAAAGGAAGACCGCAGCCGAAGUCGAAGUCCUUACAAGAAAGACAGAUCAUCCAAAGAUAGAGACAAAGCGGAUGAUGAUAAAGACAGGAGCCGAAGUAGAAGCGAAAGCCGAAGUGAAAGUCGCAGCAGGAGUCGAAGUCCGUACAAAAAAGAAAGAUCAUCCAAAGACAGAGAAAAAGCUGAUGAUGGCAAAGGCAGGAGCCGAAGUAGAAGCGAAAGUCGAAGUGAAAGUCGAAGCAGAAGUCGCAGUCCAUACAAAAAAGACAGAUCGUCCAAAGAUAGAGAAAAGGCUGAUGAUGGCAAAGAAAGAAGCCGAAGUAGAAGUGAAAGUCGAAGCAGGAGUCGAAGUCCUUACAAAAAAGACAGAUCAUCCAAAGACAGAGAAAAAGGAGACAAAGCUGAUGAUGGAAACAGUAAAGAUGAGAAAUGGUCAAUUGAAGAUGAUAAUGAUAACAAUGAUGAUGUCGAUUUUGAAUCUAAUGUUGAUAAAAAUGAUAAUGCUGCACUUGAGGUGCAAACACAAAGACAACAAAAAAUCUAACAAUGACCAGAUGAUGACCACAACACCAUUCUGUAAUACAAAUUUAGAUUCCAAGUGUGAUCAACAAUUAAAUAAAUACAUAUAAAUGGUAUAAGUGUUAUUGUUGAUCAAGGCAUCAAACAAAAAUCAAUCAUAAAUUAACUUAAAAGCUCAUUGAGAUGCUCAUCAUUUUUCAAUACAAAAUUAAACAUCCUCUUCUUACUUAUAUCAUUGAAUCAAACUAAAUACAGGAACUGGUAAAAUGGCAAAAUCAAUUAAAUAGUAUAGUUGAUGAAGCAAAUCAACCAGGAAAAAAGUAAAAAUGUUUCCAAUCCCAACAGUUAACCGUUAAAUUGCACCCAACUUAUAUAAAUUGCAACUUCUUGAAUACUAAGUAAUAUUACAAGAAAUCAUCUUUUUCCUUCCCUUUUACUUUAUGCUAAACCUUAUUCAUAACAAUACUAAUGGCUUUUCUUUGUGUCAACUAAAUAUCACUUGAAAUCACCUUUUAAAGUUAAAGCCAAACCAAAUGGUUUAUUGAAUGACAUAAUAAAAUAUACUUUUAGAUGAUAAA